AUGACUCGAGUGGUGGUGACAGGAAUGGGCCUCAUUACUCCAUUGGGAGUUGGCCUCCGCUCUUCUUGGGCAAACCUAAUAGCAAAUAAAUCGGGUCUUGUUGCUACAACAACAUUUGAUGAUUACGAGCAAGGAUGGUCGCAAAUCCCCUCCAAAGUAGUUGGCCGGGUUCCUGUGAAAAGCGCUGGCGGCAAAAAAGUGGAGCCCAAAGGGGGCGAAAAUGGCAGCCCAGCCACUGCAGAUCGCGACGCCUCUUCCGCUAGCUCUGCGCCCGGUUGGUGCGCGCUGGACCACAUGUCCGCGGGCGACGCGCGCCGCAUGGCGCCGUUCGCGCAGUAUGCGGUGGCCGCAGCUGCAGAAGCUUUGGCCGAUGCGCAGUUUGUCGCUUCCGACGUCGACCCUACCCGUGUCGGUGUGGCCGUUGGCUCGGGAAUCGGCGGUUUUGGCGACGCCUACGACAAUUCUACUGCGUUUGCAUCCGAGGGCUACAGAAAAGUCCAGCCGUUGUUCAUUCCGCGCUUGCUCGCCAACAUGGCGGCAGGCCACAUUUCCAUUCGCCAUGGCUUUGGUGGACCAGUCCACGCAGUGCUGACAGCGUGCGCUACAGGCCUCAACGCCAUCGGUGACGCAUACAACUUCAUUCAAAACGGAUACGCCGAUGUCAUGGUGUGCGGUGGAACUGAAGCGUCGCUUCAUCCUUUGGCACUCGGGGCCUUUGCAAGAGCUCGGUCUGUGGUCGCUGGUGGGGAAGACGACCCACAAGGAGCACUGCGCCCAUUUGAUGGGGCACGCCGCGGGUUUGUUUUAGGUGAGGGCUGUGGCAUUCUAGUGUUGGAGAAACUAGUCCAUGCCCAGGCUCGUGGCGCCCCUAUUUACGGCGAGGUGCUUGGCUACGGUCUUGCAGGCGAUGCACACCACAUCACUGCACCAGCAGAGUCGGGAGAUGGCGCGUUCCGGGCAAUGGAGCAGGCCCUUUCGCGAGCAGGCGUGGCCCCGUCGGAGGUGGACUACGUGAACGCGCACGCUACUCUGACUCCGCUUGGUGACCGUGCAGAAAACACGGCUAUGCGCCGCUUGUUUGGUCUGUCGUCUCGUUUGGCGGUAUCUCUGACAAAGGGGGCGGUGGGCCACUUGUUAGGCGCCGCUGGAGCCGUUGAGGCCGCUUUCACGUUGAUGGCAGUGCGUCACGAUACCGUGCCGGCAACCUUGAACUUGACUACGCCUGGCGGACACCCUGAAGAUGAUCCGUCGGCGUUUUGUUUCGACUACGUGCCCAACCACAGCCGUAUGCAUCGCACAGACCUUGCCUUGUGUAAUUCUUUCGGUUUCGGCGGUGUCAAUACCUCUGUACUCUUUGGUAAGAUGCGAUGA